CAUUUGUCGCUCGCGAGUGAUGCCGGUUGUUUUAGUCCUGCUUAUACACCUAAUUUUACGCGUGUACAUACAUGCAUACAACGAUAUAUAUCGUUCAUUCAACAGUGAAAAGCGAAUCAACCGGGCGCUUUGUUAGUGUGUGUAAUACCUACUCGAUUCUGAUCAAUCGACGAUCGAAAUUCUGUCGCUGACAUCAUAGGCUUUUGUGUAACUGGCCAUCAUCAACAAGUGGUGCGCGGAUAUUACGCGUCUGUACAGAAUAGAUACAGUUACGUGCUUUGUGAUGAAUUUUUUUGUGCGUAAACGCUGAUCGCACAUAGCUCUACGUGUAUGUACACAUUAUAAUGAAAGAACACGAUUGUCUUAUACGGUUUAAAAUUAGCCAGUUUUAGCCUGAGAAAUCACGAAGAUAUCUAGCUGUCAAGGUUAAAAGACACUGGUCAUUUAUGUUCCCACAUUUCGAUGCAACGGAGGCUGCGAACCGCUGGCGGGACAUCAGCUGGGACAAAGAUGUUGAUCUUUCGGAAGUCAAAUGGCCGAAAGAAGACGAAACGAAGAACGUAAAUAAAAUAGAUUACAAUGAGUUUUACCUUGAUGAACUUGAGAGUCCUUAUGAAGAACCUCAGAAAGAAAGUGGUGACAGUCAUUUUCUAAAAGCAAAUUUUAGACUAAAGAAUUGCAACAGUGGUAUCAAUUUUGCGUACAUUCAUGAUCAAGAUAUGAAUUACUAUCAAGAACCCACUAGUUACUAUCAUGGCAAUUAUGGCCGUGAUAGUGAGGUCAGGGACUUCAAUCACAUGUCGAUGCUUGGAAGUAUUCCUGAACCAAGCAGGUCCGAGGAGAAUGACUUAGGAUAUGAUCCAGACUAUGAUGAGGAAGUCAAUAAACUAUUGGAAGAAGUGGAAGAAGAAUUACUUGAAGAGGAUUCUACAGUUCCAAAGGCUGAAAACGUUACAAUUGUAAAGGCUGACAGAGACCAAUAUGAAGAUUUUUAUGACGAGUUUGCUCCUGAGGAGCCAAUUGGUGAAAUCCCAUUGUGGUACUCGAAAAAUCUUGACAGAAAACAACAGCUUGCUAUAGAACGCCUGAGAAGUUUGAGCUUACUUGUUAGUUAUGCAAGUCGAAAAGCAUGGGAACAUAUAAAACGAAUUGAACAUGAUCAUCAUACACCCUUCUGCAAAAUAAAUCCACCAAGGCAUCCGCCAGUAAACAAACCUUGGCAAAAUUACUGGAAAUUCAGAUGUAAUACUAAGUGCAAAGUUGAUCCACCAGAACCAAACCAUGCUCAUACUGCUGACUGUGAAGAGAUACUGCUGGAACAUUUUCCAACAAAUGUUUCAACAAAAACUAAAAAUAUCAUGCGUACAGAAUUCCCUGAUCAUGUAAUGCGUACUGUGGAGCUAUUCCAAAAUUUUGUAAACGCAACAGCAAAAACGAAUCCAUAUUUGGAUUCUGAUGUAGUCCCUGAUACUACAUACGAAAGACCAAGUUGGACCGAAAUAAGAGUGAGAGUUAAUUACAAAAAUGAAAUAUUACUGGUUGCUUAUGGAAAAGCGGUUACUCCCUUAUUAGAACCUUUGAAAAAGGUUUUCAAGUACGGAGUAGGAAGAACUUGCAAUGUUGUAUCGCUAUCGUGCAUAAAUAGCCUAUGGUCUCUAAGAAAAUAUAAACCAAACGGACCUGCUCCCAAACAUCUGUACGGAACAAUAGAUUUGAGAGACAAAGUUGGACCAAUAAUAAUAAAUUAUAAUGCAGAGAAUAAAAUAACAUUUAAUUCUGCAGAAUCAGAGCAGUUAGGAAGAGUAAUGAUGGAGUAUUUAAAUCCAACUCCAGAAACCACUGUGAUAGAUAUUGGGUGUGGUAUUGGUGUAUUGAGUCUAAUGCUUGCAACGAAAUGUGACAAAGUUAUUGGUUUAAGUCACGAGAGUAAUGAUAUUAAACUUGCGGAUCAACUCAUGAAGCUUAAUAAAAUCCAUAAUGCUUCAUUUAUUUCCUGCACAACAAAAGAUGUUUUUACCAAAUGCUCAUCAUUGGUCAAGAAGAAUAUAUCAGUUGCCGUGCUUAAUCUAGCUACACCUUUUGGAAAAAGUCCUGAUGUUAUGAAGUCUUUACGAAAUUUACCUACUGUAUGGAGAGUUGCAUUAUAUGGUACAUUUUCCAAAGAAUUUCAAAAACACAUAACAAUCUUAACAUCAAGUGAUCAUCACAUGGGUGAUGAGUUCUUACCCAUGCAAGCAUGCGUGGUAGAGAAGUCUCCGACAAUGCCUGAAGAUUUUCAUAUUGUCGUGGUAUUCGAGAGAAAAUCUUUAAUUGAACCAUCUGUAGAUUUGAUUGGAUUUGGUCCAACGCUCAACUUAAAGGAAGAUUCUGAUUCCAAAUGUGUGAAACCUGUAGUAAUUCCUGAUGUCAAAACUUCUGAAAUUGUAGGCAAAGGAUAUGGGAAAUUCCGCCAGUAUGACAGUCCAGCGCUUCCAAAAGGUAGUAAAGGUGAAAAUGUGACAGCUGUAAUUGCACCACCACCAUCUAACAAUGACGAGCCGACAAGUGUACUGCCUCCAGAUUAUGGUAAACCAGUAAAAAUUUUCCCACCAUUAGAUAUAGCCAAGUUGUACGAACCGAGACCAGACCCAGUCGUACACAGACAGCUAAAAAAGAUUUACGACAGUCCAUUAUUACCAAAAAGUAACGAUUCAACUAGUGCCGAAUCAAAGAAGUCUGAUGGCUCAACUAUAGAUAUAGCCAAGUUGUAUGAAUCGGUACCUAACCCAGUUACGAACCGAUGUCUUAAAAAAAUGUACGAUAGUCCAUUAUUACCAAAAAGUAACGAUUCAAGUAGUGCUGAGUCAAAGAAAUCUGAUAGUUCAUUCUUAACAAAAUCUAUCAAAGCCGAAUCGGACGUUCCAUCAAGGACGUCUAACGAUCCACGGUGCGAUUUUCUCUCAGACAUGAAGCCUUUGUCUCCUGCACCUACUGAUCCACGGCGUGGAUUCUCGUCGAGAUCGGACUCCUCGUUGCCUCUAUCCACUGAUCCACGAUGCGAUUUUUUAGAAGAAGCAAUCACUUUCAACCCGAAUCGGGAGCCUUUUGAUCAGAAAAAAGUGCCUAUACGUAAAAAGGAACGAAAUAAUCCGGGUUCAAUGAGACCAAAAAAAGAAAAUCGCUUCGAUUAUCCUUCUAUUAAAAAAGAAAAACAAAGUUUUCCAAAUUCAUCAUCAUCGCAAGACUCGAAUUCCAGAUCUCCUCCACCUAUGAAGAAAGAACCGCGAAUCGAAGCUCCGACUCAGACUGCAAUCACUAGAAAAGCGUUCAAUAUCCCUUCAACAUUCAAAACAGAGACUGUCGACUCUACUACGUUUCCUGUGAAGAAGGAAACUCGAUUUGAUAGUCCACCUCUCCCUGGUUAUUUUCCUCCAAAGCACAGUGCACGGCCACCAGAUUAUGUUGCGCCCCCUGCUAAUUUCUACGUACGCCCACCGGGAUUCAACAUACCUCCACCGAGCUUCAACGUACCUCCACCGGGUUUCAGCAUACCUCCACCGGGUUUUAUGGCGCCUGCACCUGGCUUCAUGCCGCCUGCUCCAGGCUUCAUGCCACCUACACCAGGCUUCAUGCCACCUACACCAAGCUUCAUGCCUCCUGCACCAGACUUCAGUGUACCCCCGCCGCUUCCCAAACAAGAGAGUCUGCGCUCUUCCGUUGAGAAAGAAGAGGGAAAACUGAGUCCGGACAGUACUUUUAAUAAGUUACCCAAGCAGAAUUCCGAUGCAAGCAGCAAACCCGAUGAUGUCUUUCUCGAUGCUAUCAUUAAAUCCGAGCCUAUGGAAUUGGACGAAGACUGCAACGAAGAGAAAUUGCCGAGAGAACAACCGCACAGUAGUGUCCAGAACAAUGAAUUAGAGAAAUCCAAAGGUGACCCCAAGGAGGUGACACCGAAGCAGGAGCCAACACAAACCUUCCCUGUGGUGCGUAUCAAAAGCGAACCCAUCGAUCCUAGCGAGCUUUCUGAUCAUACUAACGAGCCUCCCACCUCGACCGAGCUUCCUGAUUCUACUGAGCUCCCAGUGCGCAUAAAAACCGAACCUAUCGACGAAGAUGAGCCAGUGACGACAACGGAGUUGCCUCCUCCUACUAAAAUAAAGCAAGAGAUGCUCUCGCCUACCUUGGACCGAGAAGCUUUCAUGAAUAUGCCUACACCGGUGCAUCGCCCUGCCUCUCUGGUUGAGAGAGACCGAAACUCAGUAUCACCACCUCCAGCCUCGGCUAAUUUCAAGACGAUGGAUGGAUUCGAAUUCUCGGUCCAACCCAAUCAAUCGUACUUGUCCGGGAUGGCCAGCACGACCGUGAAGAAGGAAAUUGAAGUGGAAGAGGGAGAAUUGGAAGACCAAGAUGAAACACCUAUAUCGAAACCGUCUCAACCAGAUCCGGUUGUCACGGUAAAGCGAGAAGUGAGCCCCGAAAAGUUCGAGGAAAAGCCACCAAUCAUCAGGGUUAAGAAGCUCGGCAACAUCAGCAACUCCGAGGACGACGAAAUCAGCAUAAUUGCUGAGAAAAAGUCCAAGAAGGUUAAAAAAGAAAAAGAAAAAUCUAAGAGCAAGUACGACAGUAAGUACAAAAAGGAAAAAAAGAAAAAGUAUAAGGGCCUAGACCUUGAUAUGCGUCAGCUUAUGGACGAGAAGAGAAAGAUAAAGAGGAUACUAAAACGCCAGAGAGACAGCUACGACUGCUCGCUUUCACCAUCGCCGGAUAGAAAGCGCGGGUACAGAUCGCCAUCGACGAAUUGGGAUCGUGGUGGUAGAUCGCCCCCAGCCGCGUACAGGCGCGCCAAUCGAUCGCCAUCGACUAAGUUCGAAAGGUGGAUAAGACAGUCACCAUCGCCGAGUGGUAAAUAUCCCAGCCGCGCUUCACCGUCAAGAGAUAGGUGGUCGAGACGCUCAUCUGUUUCACCCAGCUCUAGCAGACGACGGAGACGCUCGUCUUCAUCGUCUAGCGAAAGUCAACUUAGGCGUUCGCCAUCGUUGUCUCGUGAGAGGAGGUUUAAGCGCUCGCCAGUAUCUCCUAGCGAGAGACGGUUCAAGCGCUCGCCAGUAUCUCCUAGCGAGAGACGGUUCAAGCGCUCGCCAGUAUCUCCUAGCGAGAGACGGUUCAAGCGCUCGCCAGUAUCUCCUAGCAGCAGACGGUACAAGCGCUCGCCAGUAUCUCCUAGCGAGAGACGUUUCAAGCGCUCGUCGGUAUCUCCUAGUGACAGACAGUUGUCGACGGUUUCCCCUCCUCCCAAUAGGAGUUACAGGUAUUCGUCUCCUUCUCCCAGCGUCAAGCGGUUCAAGCGUACACAAAUGCCCCCCAGCGAGAGACCGUUAAGGCGCUCGCCAUCACCUCCUAGCGAAAGACGCUUCUCGCGAUCAUCAAUUUCUCCUUCUGGCGAUAGAAAUUCCAGGCGCUCGUCUCUUUCUCCCGGCGCCAGGAUUUUCCAACGCUCCCCAUCCCAAUACAAAUGGACCCGGACUUCGCCGCUAUCUUUCGGCGAAAUAAAUUCUAUGCUACGAUGGGAAACUAGAUCACCGUCGGCGCCCAGAUUCACCCAGUCUGCCAUGGGCAAUUACGCGGACUUGCGUAAGACGUCGCUUUCUCCUGUUUUCGACUCCAUCAAGAGAAAGAGUUCUCUGCCACCCGAAGCUUUAGGAAGUUCCGCAACGAGCAAGACAAAGUCUGGAAACGAAAUUGGCGACCAGUGGGACAUACCUGGGAAAGCUGAUCUGAGCCCGAUCUCGACUAGUUCUGCCAGUAGCCGGAAAAACUCCUUGCCGUCUGAUUCGGUGUCGUCCAAGCCGUGCACAACGACUGCCGAUCCAGCGGUACAAGACGAGAGCGCAAGUUGAAAAGCAGUAGAAAAGCGCGAGAGAAUCCUACAAAGUACUCUAAUGAGAGCUGACUCAUAUUGAUUUUUUGUAAUGUAUUAGCGAUUUGCUGAGUAAAUAGCAAGCAGGUCUCGACUUUUCUUCUUUAAUUUUUUUUAUGCUGGAAACUUGUAGUUUCGAACUUUGAGUUGAUUUGUUGAUUGAAAUAUUUUUUUACAUAUUAGUAAAUACUACAUAGUGUACAUGACUUAAUUGUAGAUAAUGGUGCGAUAUCGUUUGUACACUAGCUUCGGUUUACCAAUCGACCUUUAAAGAGAAUCCCUUUUUUUUACAAACCUGCAGAAUAUUUUAGUCGAGAUUUGAACAUUACUUACGGUUGAUUUUACAUUAUCGAAAGCAAAAAUUGAAUUAAACUAUUUUCGGACUAAAGUUAUAUAGAACUAUAUAUGCGUUAAUCUUGCAAAAUGAUGUUACUAAAGCAUAGCCGAGGGUAUAUAGAUAUACCACGACGCAUUUUUUGUAAGAAAAGAGAUACGUUAACAUUUUUCCCACUUCUAAAACUGUACGUAGUGACAUUAAUCGCAUAUACCGAAGUGAUGCAGAAAUAACCUAUUGCCAAUUGAUCCAAAGUAACGCGUUUUGUACCUAUGCAGAACCUACUGUUGUUAUUAUUAUUAUUAUUAUUAUUAUUAUUACUUUGAUGAAAAUGAGUGAACUGUUAGAUAGACUUGCGGCUUGUUGCGCCGCCGCUAUAUACGUAAUAUACUAAAUUAUUAAGAGGUGCCAUUAUACAUCGUAAAACCGCUAUUAUUGUUACGCGCGCGCCACGGUGUAUACACGUGUGCGAAUGAUUGUGAUAAAGAGGAAAAAUUUCUUAAGAAAAAUUACUUACACCAUACCUACCUCGAUUGGUAUUGACUGAAUCGUUGCAUGCGCCAAGUCUUGUAUGUAUGAGCCAUGUAACUAUUUGUCGCAGACGAUUUUUUUUUCCUUUUAUUCUAAGUGAUUUGCGUGAAGCAAGAUUGUUCACACGAAUAUUCUUGUAAAAACCAAGCGUUACAUUUGCGAUAAAUACUUAGAAACAAUCUUUUUUUAAAUAAAGAUAUUUUUAUACGUA